CCACAAGCCAUAUAAGCCAGUGGAAAAUAGUUCCCUACUAUAUUUUGGAGAGGUUCUGAACUGCAUAACAGAUUAAAUGUUUAUAUUCAGGGGACUAUAGGGAAUGAUAGCUACAUCUGGUUUAUGAACCCUGUUUCUGUUGAAAUGAUUUUCAAACUUCUGUAGCAGCUGUUUGCAAGCUUUCUAACAGAAUUCAUCUGUAUUUGUCUCACGGGGUGUUGUGCAUCGACAAUGCAUCUACAACGCUUUCUUGCCUUUUCUGUAUAAAGCCGGCUGUAUCAGUUGACAACAGGUCUGUGCGCUUUUCCUUUCUAAUGAAGUAAAAUUGCCUAGAACAUGGUUUCAGAGUAUAGUGCUAAAGAGAGCCUUUCUAAAUUUUUGAACACUAUUUCUUAGUGUUGCAGAUGCUUUGAAUGUCUGCUCUUGGGCAACAUUCAAGCUGAAUAUAAACUAUUAGUGGUGAAAUUCCACCCUGAUAUAACAUGUUGCUUUAGUGCUAAUUUUGUUGCCAUAGUUACCAAGUUCCUUUUGAUACAUUUAGCAAUGCCAAACAUUUUGCUUGUUGAGUUCUCCUAUCAGAACAUCUCAGUUGACUCAUGUUGGAGAAUUAUCUGGGUGUUCUAAGAAUUAUGCAAUCUCCCAUCAUGAUGUACCAGUAUCUUUUCCAUCAUGGAGAGUGAAUCUGAACUUUCUUCCCAAAUGUUCUUUGGGAAACACACAAUGGCAAGACCUUUGAUGUGCCUAUUGAUGAAGAUAGGAACAUAGGAAGCUACCCAGGAGUUGGUACUAUUUUACCGUCCUCUUUGGUCAUGAAGGACAGAAGCCACUUGAACUCCGUUGUGAGGAGGAAGCAGAUGGGGAAGAAUGGGUAGAGGCUAUUCACCAAGCCAGCUAUUCAGAUAUCCUGAUUGAGCGGGAAGUUUUAAUGCAAAAAUAUAUUCAUCUAGUUCAGAUUGUAGAGACAGAAAAGAUUUCAGCCAAUCAGUUACGACAUCAGCUUGAAGACCAAGACACAGAAAUUGAAAGGCUUAAAUCAGAGAUUGUAGCUCUUAACAAAACAAAAGAACGAAUGCGACCUUAUCAAGGCAACCAAGAAGAAGAAGAUCCUGAUAUUAAGAAAAUCAAAAAGGUUCAGAGUUUUAUGCGAGGUUGGUUGUGUAGAAGAAAAUGGAAGACAAUUGUCCAGGAUUACAUUUGUUCUCCACAUGCAGAAAGUAUGCGAAAGAGAAAUCAGAUUGUUUUCAACAUGGUUGAGGCUGAAUCUGAAUACGUACAUCAGCUUUACAUCCUUGUGAAUUGUUUUCUAAGGCCGUUAAGAAUGGCUGCAAGUUCAAAGAAACCACCAAUUAGCCAUGAUGAUGUCAGUAGUGUAUUCCUCAACAGUGAAACUAUAAUGUUUCUUCAUGAAAUAUUUCAUCAAGGAUUAAAAGCAAGAAUAGCAAACUGGCCUACUUUAAUUUUAGCUGAUUUAUUUGAUAUCCUGCUGCCAAUGCUGAAUAUUUAUCAAGAAUUUGUUCGGAAUCAUCAAUAUAGUCUACAGGUCCUUGCAAACUGCAAGCAGAACAGAGAUUUUGACAAACUUUUGAAGCAGUAUGAAGCCAACCCUGCCUGCGAGGGCAGGAUGCUCGAGACAUUCCUUACUUACCCCAUGUUUCAGAUUCCUAGAUACAUAAUAACCCUCCAUGAACUUCUGGCUCACACACCGCAUGAGCACGUAGAAAGAAAAAGCCUUGAAUUUGCUAAAUCUAAGCUAGAAGAGCUUUCAAGAGUGAUGCAUGAUGAAGUAAGUGACACAGAAAACAUACGGAAAAAUCUGGCAAUAGAAAGAAUGAUAGUAGAGGGUUGUGAUAUAUUAUUGGACACCAGCCAAACUUUUAUACGACAAGGUACUCUUAUUCAAGUACCUUCUGUUGAGAGGGGGAAACUUAGUAAAGUUCGCCUGGGAUCAUUGUCUUUGAAAAAAGAAGGAGAAAGACAAUGUUUUUUAUUUACAAAACACUUUUUAAUUUGUACAAGGAGCUCUGGAGGAAAGCUGCAUCUACUUAAGGCAGGAGGUGUUCUCUCGUUAAUAGAAUGCACACUAAUUGAGGAGGCUGAUACGAAUGAUGAUGACUCGAAAGGUUCUGGGCAAGUGUUUGGACAUCUUGACUUCAAGAUUGUGGUUGAACCAGCAGAUGCACCUCCUUUUACCAUUGUCCUGUUAGCCCCUUCACGGCAGGAAAAAGCAGCCUGGACAAGUGACAUUAGUCAGUGUGUUGACAACAUACGGUGCAACGGUUUAAUGACCAUAGUAUUUGAAGAAAACUCCAAAGUCACUGUGCCACAUAUGAUCAAAUCUGAUGCACGUCUUCACAAAGAUGACAUUGACAUCUGCUUCAGCAAAACACUAAACUCCUGCAAAGUGCCCCAGAUUCGUUAUGCAAGCGUUGAACGCCUUUUGGAGAGAUUAACAGACUUGCGAUUUCUCAGUAUUGAUUUCCUUAAUACUUUCCUACAUACUUAUCGCAUAUUUACUACUGCAGCAGUUGUCUUGGAGAAACUGUCGGAUAUUUACAAAAGGCCUUUCACCUCAAUCCCUGUUAGAUCUUUGGAAUUGUUUUUUGCUACUAACCAAAACAACAGAGGAGAACACCUGGCUGACGCAAAAUCACCACACCUUUGCCGCAAAUUCUCUUCCCCUCCACCUCUAUCACUCUCUAGGACUUCCUCGCCUGUCAGAACCAGAAAACUGUCACUAAGUUCUCCACUAAAUUCUAGGAUAGGGGCUUUAGAUCUGUCUACGACCUCUCUUGCCAGUAGUCCUACCUCAACAUACAGCCCUGCCACUUCACCACCACCCACGCUAUCUAAAGUACCAUUGGACCUUAGCAAAGGCCCUUCAUCUCCAGAACAAAGUCCUGGCUUUGCAGACGAAAACUCAGAGAAUCCACGUAUUGAGCUUUGCAACAAACUAAGGAGAAGCAUCCGAAGAGCAGCGGUUCUGGAAUCUGUAUCAGUGGAUCGCACUAUCCCAGAAAGUGCCUCAACUGUGGAUACUCCUGAGCUCUCCCCGUGUAGAUCUCCUUCGACUCCAAGACAUCUACGUUAUCGACAGCCAGGGGUACAGGCGACUGACAACAGUCAUUGUUCCGUUUCCCCUGCUUCUGCUUUUGCUAUUGCUACAGCUGCAGCUGGGCAUGGGAGCCCACCAGGGUUUAAUAACUCUGAACGAACAUGCGAUAAGGAGUUCAUAAUACGUCGAGCAGCCACUAAUCGUGUCCUGAAUGUCCUUCGCCACUGGGUCUCAAAGCAUUCUCAGGAUUUUGAGCUAAACAAUGAACUGAAGAUGAAUGUUCUAAAUCUGCUAGAAGAAGUUUUGAGAGAUCCUGACCUUUUGCCACAAGAAAGAAAAGCUACAGCAAACAUCUUGAGAGCACUCUCUCAGGAGGAUCAAGAUGACACCCAUUUAAAAAUUGAGGAUAUAAUGCAGAUGUUAGAGUGUCCAAAACCAGAGUGCUUUGAAACUUUAUCGGCUAUGGAACUCGCUGAACAAAUCACUCUCUUAGAUCACAUUGUUUUCAGGAGCAUACCCUAUGAAGAGUUCCUUGGACAGGGUUGGAUGAAACUGGAUAAAAAUGAAAGAACACCGUAUAUAAUGAAAACCAGUCAACACUUUAAUGAUAUGAGCAACCUUGUGGCUUCCCAAAUUAUGAAUUAUGCUGACGUUGGUUCACGUGCUAAUGCAAUUGAGAAAUGGGUAGCGGUGGCAGACAUCUGCCGAUGUUUGCACAACUAUAAUGGUGUGCUUGAAAUCACAUCAGCCUUGAACAGAAGUGCAAUCUACAGACUGAAGAAAACCUGGGCUAAGGUUUCUAAACAGGCUAAAGCCCUUAUGGAUAAACUUCAGAAGACUGUAUCAUCUGAGGGAAGAUUUAAGAAUCUCAGAGAAACACUCAAGAAUUGUAAUCCGCCUUCAGUGCCAUAUCUCGGGAUGUACUUGACAGACCUGGCAUUUAUUGAAGAAGGAACACCCAACUUUACUGAAGAAGGCCUUGUCAAUUUUUCCAAAAUGCGAAUGAUAUCACAUAUUAUCAGGGAGAUACGACAAUUCCAACAGACUUCCUAUCGCAUAGAAUACCAACAAAAGGUCACUCAGUACUUACUUGACAAGAGUCUCAUCAUAGAUGAAGAUACUUUGUAUGAACUAUCCCUAAAAAUUGAACCUAGGCUGCCUGCCUGAAAAAAAUAUCAGUGCUGUCCUUCAGCCUACAGAGAACUUUAGAGUAAUGGGGAAAUUAUGCAUGAUGUGCCCCCCUACAGAAUGCAAGGGGGAAAGCUGGAAGAAAUUCAAAUUCCCUUUUCGAUUAAGGGACUCAGAGCCUCACAGAGAUUCCUUUUUGGGCACAGAGAAGCAGUUGCUGGAAGUAAAAGACCAAACGCCAGAGAUGUUGAUUAAACAGCUGUUGUUUUGCAAACGUGACAGUUUAGUGAAACGGAGACCUAAUGAAGAAGAAAGGAAAUGGCUGUAAUAACCACACUGAAUGAGGCAAUAAUGGGGCAAAGUUAAGUAUGGAUAACACAUUCCAUUAGACUUCAAUGAAUGAGGAAAUACAAGUGUAAAGCAAGAGGCUUUGCCUACAAUGCAGAAUCCACAAAGAGCAUGCAAGGAACUACAUAUUUUGAUCCAGUUUGCAAUUCAUCGUGUCCAUUGUAAAGUAAUAUUUUAAUCCGUAGAUGAAAAUAUCUAAGAGCAUCAUCAACUGCAUUUGUUAUUUAAACCAUUCAUUCAAAGUAUCUUAUUUGUCAAUAAAUCCUGGUAUCUCCUUUCCCCAAAGGCUGGGGAGCAGAGAUGCAGCAUAUUAAAAGCUACCUUAAUAUUGUACAUACAUUUUUCUUUCUCUAGAAGUAUGAUGAGUUAAUCUAGGGUACAAAUGGAUACACUACCUUACAAUGUUGUCAGACAGACACACUUGGGUGGGACUCUGAUAUUGGAGUUCCAUGGCAAAGCCUGGCCUUAUAGAACAGGAAUGGGGAACUGACCAAUUGUCACGCUGGCUGAGAUUGAUAGGAAUUGCAGGCUAGCAGCAUCCAUAGGGCCACCAACCCUCCACCCCCUACUAUAGUAGAUUAAUUGCUUUGCUCUUGGUUUUGGCAGAGCUAUUUCUAUAACUUUUGUUUAAAAAUAUGUUCCCCAAUACUGAGCAUACCAUGUGUGCUCCUGUGCACAUAUGCACAGCACUUUUCAUGUGUGGGCUUCCUCCAUCAACUUUGGAGAGCAGCUGCAAGCAACUAACCCACUGCUAGCACUAAGCUUUUCUCCCUCCUUGCAUUAGUACCAAAGCCCUAUCUCCCAUCAGGAAUAGGUCAACCAAAGUAAUCUUACGACUGCAUCGUAUGACUUGGAACUCCUGUUAGUCUCAUGUACUUUAGAACUGGUUCUAAAGGUUUAGAUGUUGGCAGUGUCAGACAGAAUCACACCCAUGCAUUGCUGCUACAUGCCAUUGCACUGUGACGUGCAUUUAAACACCGCUGAGCCUCACAUAAUGGUUGCAGGGAGCUCCUUGCACACACUAGAACUCAGUGGAGUCUUUGCAGCCUUGAACAUAUAGGAAUUACUGAUUAUUUUGCACGUAACAACAUUGCUAAGAAAGGUUGAUCUAUAUAAAUUACACUCUGGCACCAGUAAUUCUGGGGGACAGGAAGAGUAGAAACAUUUAUUAAUUUUUUUUUAAAGCAGUAAUUCGUCCACUCAUUGGAUAAAUGAAAACAGACUUUGUUUCCUUUUAAAAUACUGCAAAGGAUUCCACCUCCACUAACCCCCUUCCCAUAUGCCAUCCUUAAGAACCAAAACUUAUGGGACACAAUCCAGGGAAAAUCAAGCAACUUUAGGUCAUAUUGAAUUCAACAGGAAGAAUGUACUUUUAAUAUUUAUCAAAUCAGUGUAGUUACUGACUUGUGCCCCUUAGUACUAGCCUUCCCCCUCAAUGUGCUCCCUGAUUAAGUCCUUUUAUUUAAAAUGCUUGUGGUACUUCCCAUGGUUCUUUGAUAACAUGUAGCCUCCUUUUUGUAGUUGCAUGGAAAGUGAACACAAACACAUCACUAAAAACAGAAUGCAGAUACUAGCACUGUUGAAUAACUAGGCUGGAAAAGUGCCCUUACUUUUCCAAUGAUUUAUCAGCCAGUUGACAAAAUAGGGCUAAAUAUCAUUAUUUACCUCCCUUAAACCCUCUCAGGGAGAUAAGUGUUUUAAAAAAAGAUUGCCAUCUAAGGCAUAUUUGAACUGAUCUUUACCAGACUAAGCUGCUAAAUCCUAACAAUAGAAAAUGGAUCUGCCUAGCUUCUGUUUUGUUUGCGCAUUUUUUCAUCUUUAUUUGCACUUUAAUAUAUAUUGUCGGCCCAGAGAAGAGCUGAACAAUAAAUUCCGCUUAUGUCUAACUGCAAAUACUACUAGCAUGUAUUAAGUAUCUGUGCAGUAAUAAGUUUUAUUGUUUCUACCUGCUAGAGGCCUGGGUUUUACUAUUAUUAAUAAACGCACGACUGGAUGUCAAAGAAGUCUUGGGAAAUUCUCAGUAAGUUUUUUUUUUUAAACAAACAAAAAAUAAGUAAAAUUCCUAAGGCAUGUUUUAAGUACUUCUGGUUAAUGAAUGUGGUAAACUUUAACUUGGGGAAUGCUAUUUAUAGAUGUAUAUUUAUUGCUUGUCCUUUCAUUAGUGUCCAACAGGAAAAGCAGACUGCAUCUUGAUGCAUGAUAAACAGAAGCAUGGGUUAUUUGGACAAAACACUUAUUUUACUGCAUAUUUUUUU